UUCGAUUGAAAAACGUUAAUGCUACACGCGAGAUUCUACUCUCGCCAUCUUUGUGGAGACGAAGGGAAUAACGUCGAGUAGGUCAACUUCGAUCUCAGGUUUCUGCAUCUUAAAAGCAACUAAUUCCACUAAAACAUUUCGUCAUUAACGAAGGACAGCUUGCCGAACAAUUUUGAAAUCAAAGCGCAUCAAUUGUGGCAGAAGGAAAGAAGUAAAUUGCAUUCUCAUUUUCAUUGCAAGGAGUGGUCGAAGGCCGUCUUGUCAAUGGUGGAUCGAUCUGUACUUUGUUUUUGAUUGAGUAAAGCUCGUUUCAUACCGUUAAGCCGUUUGUUCAAAACAUAAAGAUACUUGCCUGGGAACGGUCAAUCGGAUAUUUGCUUCUUUGGUAAAGCUAAGGGAAGGCAAAGUGAAUCUAUCGACCAGUUCAAGUGUUGUUUGAGUUGAAACAAGUUCGAAGCAACGGUUGAAGAAGGCCUGCUUCUCCGCCAUAAAUCGAAAAUAAGAAGCAAGAUUCAGCAGAACGCAAGAAGGAAAUCGGUUUGUUCAAUCUUGUUUUGUGUGGAUUUAAAUCAAAUUUCUCAUUUAAUGAAAAUGGUAAUUUGAAAAUGAGGAAAAGUUGAACGUUGAACUCAAACUUUCUUGGCGCCUUCUUUUCGGAAAGUCGGUCCUUGUGUCUAGCUCCUUGAGUCACGAUAACUGGUCGUGGCAACGUUUUCAAGCAGGAAUACAAAACCUGUUCACUUGGUUUCGUUGAGUUUAGAAAUCGUUUAUUUAACCGCGUAGUUUGGAUAAGUCAAGUUGUGCAUUUUGACUCUGUCCAACUCGCGCUAUGAACGUAGAAAUCGCUCCAGUUUCACGGGAGAAUAAUUUUCUAAAGGACUGGGAAGAAGAAUACUUCCUACUAAUUCGACCAAGUUGAAGGGAGCUUAAAAUAAUUUGAUUUGUUGGGAAACUUUCUAAAGAGCAUGGAAGAGUUUGAUGUGGCAGAAGCUCUUAGGAGACUACGAGGGACGAAAGCUCCAUACGAAUGCCCCGUUUGCUUCAAAAUUUAUCAAAGUUUCAGUGGAAUUUCGUACCAUAUUUCCAAAGCUGAUCACAGCAAUCAGAAUAUUCAGUACGAUCGAAAAAAUGGAGAAGUUCAAAUGACUUUUGAGGGCUUUAGUCCUAUAGGAAGUGACAGUGGUGAUCAGUCCCCCAAUGUUUAUGCCAGAGUGGAAUCCCCCUUGGUUCGUGCACCAAGUGUACGACGCCAGCCUUUGACGUAUGCAGAGGCUCAAAAAAUGGUGGAGUUUGAUCUAAAAGGUGAUAUAUUCCGAUUUCUAAUAAAGGAACCAAUGGACAUGGAAGUUAAACAGGAACAGGUUAAUGAUGUUGAUGAACCUAAGUCACCAGUGAAAGCUAAACCAAUUUGCACCCCAAGAAACAAGAAGCCAAAGUUUACAAAAAGAAAGGGCUCUUAUAGUAUAAAGAAAAAUGCUGCAAAGCUUGCUUGCAAAGAGAGUCCAAAAAAGAUAAACUUGCCAGUUCCACAGUUUAGAGAAAUUGAACCAGUUGUUGAAGGGGAUGUAGAUGAAAGGGGUGCAUAUUAUAGAUAUGUUGAGAAAUCAAAGGAUGAGUUAGAUGAAGAAGUGGAAUAUGAUAUGGAUGAGGAGGAUUAUGCUUGGCUAGAAAUGAUCAAUGAGGAACGUAAAAGAGAGCAGUUUUCUGUAGUGUCAAUGGAAGUUUUUGAAUUACUGAUGGAUAGACUUGAGAAAGAAUCACACUUUGAAACACAAACAAUUAACGGUGAUCCAUACAAUUUUAUUGAUGAAGAUGCUGUAUGUUGCAUCUGUAACGAUGGAGAAUGUAGCAACAGCAAUGUGAUCCUGUUCUGUGACAUGUGUAACUUAGCUGUUCAUCAAGAAUGUUAUGGUGUGCCAUACAUCCCUGAAGGGCAAUGGCUUUGCAGGAAAUGUCUUCAGUCGCCAUCAAAACCAGUAGACUGUGUUUUAUGUCCUAAUCAAAACGGAGCAUUCAAGCAGACUGAUGAUAACCGCUGGGCUCAUGUCACUUGUGCUUUGUGGAUCCCAGAAGUUUGUUUUGCCAAUACGGUCUUCCUAGAACCAAUUGACUCAAUCCAGAACAUACCACCUGCAAGAUGGAAGCUUUUGUGUUAUAUCUGUAAGAAAAGAGAGGGAGCGUGCAUCCAAUGUUUUAAAACAAACUGCUAUGUUGCCUUCCACGUAACUUGUGCACAACAGUCGGGACUUCAUAUGAAAAUUGAGCCUGUCAGGAAUGAAAACGGACAGCCUGGUAUAAAGAAAAGUGCCUUUUGCGAUCAACACACACCAAAUUACUCUGACAAUGCCUCAGCUCUCAGCGAUGAUGACAGUAUUGCAUCCACAGAUAGUAAGCUUUCAAGCAAAAAGAAACCAAUAACACCAGCAGCAAAGUUACAAGAAGCAAAGAAAAAGUCGGUUGAAGAAAAAAAAGUUAAAAUGCCAGUUGUUCAUAUACCAUUCAUACCACCCCACAGACUGGCUAAAAUUGUCAAUCGAGUUGCUAUUGCCAAGAAAGCACAUUUUAUACAAAGACUUCAAGGGUAUUGGAUGCUCAAAAGGCAGUCAAGGAAUGGUGUUCCCCUUCUAAGGAGACUGCAAGCUAACACUGGAGGUACAGGAAGAGGCCAGAAUGAAGAGAUUGAGAUCUCUGACCAAGCAAAAGCUUUGAAGGAACAACUCCGAUAUUGGCAACAGCUACGGCAUGACCUGGAGCGGGCAAGGUUACUAAUAGAACUAAUUAGAAAGAGGGAAAAAAUGAAGAAAGAGCAGUACAAAUUGAAGCAGCAAUAUGUUACACUUCAUUUGCAACCCUUGAAUAUCUUAAUGCAAAGGACGCUUGAUCAUCUCCAAAGCAAAGACACUUCAAAUAUUUUUGCAGAUCCUGUUCAACCAGAAGAUGCUCCUGAUUACAACGAAUUCAUAGACAUACCAAUGGAUUUCUCAACAAUGAGAACAAAACUCGAAAAUCAAGAAUACCAGAAUUUUGACCAACUUGAAGAAGAUUUUGACUUGAUGGUGAAUAACUGCAUGACCUACAAUGCAGAGGAUACAAUUUUCUACAAGGCAGCAGUACGUCUGAGGCAUCUUGGCAAGCCAAUUCUUAGGAAUGCAAGAAAGAGAAUGAAAAAGGCUGGCAUUGAUCCUGAAACUGGACUGCAUGCAGCAAGACCGUUAACCAUGUCUGACAGUGCAAUGUCAGAAGAAGAUGGUGUCUCCAGCGAAACAACUGAGCUUACUUAUGAAGAAAAACUUGCUGAUUUAGAGGAAAAAUACGAAUUGGCUUCGACCAUUAAAAGCCCAGCAUCACGAUCAGGCAAACAAAAGAUGCUCCGAAAAGAAAUCGCCAAAAUCAAGCGGCUUAUACGAAAAAAAAACCAGAACAGUGUGUCUUCGAUUAAUUCACCAGGUCACCAAACAAGCCCGCAGCGGAAACGGAGCAUUUCACAGUCCAGUGAGGAGGAGGUACCUAAGAAGGCAAUAAAAACUGGCGAGGAUGAUGAAGAUGCACAUAUUCUUGAAGGCGACCCUGCGGAGCCGAAAGAGGAAGCACCAACAAUCACAAACCCAUCCCCAGGGAGAAGCAGACGAAGUGGGAUUCUUUUUAAUAAAAGAAAAUACCGGCCGUUUGUGGUGAGUCCACUAGCCAGAGAAGGGGCUAAUAUCAGCAGCGAAAGUGACGGAGAAAGCGGUUUGAGGAUACGGCUUCGGGUGUGCCGACCAAAUGGAAAACCGUUCGGGGAAGAUACCAGGUACAGCAAAGAACGAGGAUAUCAAGUGAACCAUAUCGCCCCAUUGAAUGGAACGCACGAAGAGCUACAGUCAAAAUUUGACAGGAGCGGGUCGAGGCUAAGCAGAAACGAAAAUCACAAAGUAAACGGAAUUUCAGAGGUGUAUUCAGAGACAGAUUCAGACUUCCCUUUAGAGAAUCCGAAAUCUGUUGAAAGUUUAGAUGGGCCUUUUGAUGGUAACGGGGGGUUGCCUUACAAUAACGAACCAGUACCACGAAAAAGAACUUAUACAAGCAGCUCUGCUAAUUCAGAUUCAGAAGGUAUCACACGACGCCCGGCUGUGGUUGGUCGUCGGAGGGGACGAAGGCCAUCCAAAAAGUCGUUCUCGGAUGAUUGUGGAAAUGUAGAUAAUGUUGAAGGAAUGCAGUGUGGGAUUUAUUGGACAGGGCCAGAGGACAAUCAUAAUGAGGACCUUAUCGACCCGAAAAAGCAUCCAACGAAUUUUCUACCACUAGACUUGGUCUGGGCCAAAUGCAGAGGCUAUCCUUCAUACCCAGCCAUGUCGAUCGAUCCCAACAUGCCGCGCAAUGGCUUCAUUCACAACGGUGUACCGAUUCCUGUUCCUCCUAUUGAAGUACUGAAAAAACGAAACCCUGAUGAAGAAGAGACUCAAUAUCUUGUUCUUUUUUUCGAUGCAAGAAGAACGUGGCAAUGGCUGAGCCGUGGAAAGCUCGAACCCCUUGGUGUCGAUUCGCGCUUGGAUAGAUCGAAGUUAAUCGAAGGCAGGAAAUCGUCUAUUCGAAAAUCAGUUCAAAAAGCAUACGAGCGCGCAAUGAUGCACAAGAAACGGGUGUUAGGCCAUCUUAGUGACAACACAGACGCGGAAGAAAGUGCCAGUGAAAGCGAUGAAUACUGUUGAGGACUCAUGUUUGUAAAUCAUAAAUUAUUUCUCUAAAAUGGUUGUAAAUUUUAAAAGUAUUCACAGAUUCAUAUUAUUUUAUCGACGAUGUAUUUCUAAGCUACUUCAUAUUGGGUCGUGUAACGAUUUAGGCUAUCAUUUUUACGUCAGUUGCAAUGCUGUUAGGACCCUCCUCAGCGAAUCUUUCACAAGAGUUAAGCACUUUCCAGAGGGAUUUCAAAGGAUUGUCCCUUUUUCUUUCUUUACCAUUAGCCAGUUGCUAAUUUGUUGUGUCUAUUGAUUUAAAUACUUGCAUAGGUUCGCUUCAAGUACGUCAAAUUUAGUUGUUAUCGAGCAUCCUUCUAGCCAAACUCCACUCUUUGAAGGGUAAGCUACCAAAUAACUGAAGACUUAAAUCAAGUCCUUAUGUAAUCACGCUUACCGCAGUUAAGUUAACAAUAGAAACAUUAGUAUAUAUGUUAAAUGAAUUUUUAUAAGCCUUUUUAAGCAUAUUUUGCCCAGUGUGAAGUCAUCCAAGCCUUUAGUUAUGUAACUAAGUCGUUAUUUUCUGAGAUAGUUUUCAAUAUUGGAUUUCAUUUAAUUCAGUAAAAAAUACUUUAAGACAUUUUCA